CCGGUAAAGGACGGUAUGCGGUGGGAGAUCCGGCGGCUGAUGAGUUUCCGGCAGUGGCCUGGCCCGGGCACCGUGUCCCCCCAGCAGCUGUCACGGGCCGGGUUUUUCUAUCUGGGGCCCCGGGACCGGGUGCAGUGCUUCUGCUGCGGAGGCAUCCUACGGAGCUGGGAGCCCGGGGACCGACCAGGAGCCGAGCACCGCAAGUACUUCCCCUCCUGCCCCUUCAUGCAGGGCAGAGAUGUGGGCAACGUCCCCCUGGGAGGGGCCACAGACUCGGUGGAUGGGCAGAUCCUGGGCCAGCUGCAGAGAUUGUCGGGGGAUGAAGAUGAGGACUGGCAGGCGGUGUACCCCGAUCUACUAGAGGAGAGACAGAGGCUGAGAACCUUCCACAACUGGCCCCAAUACUCUGGGGUGAGCCCAGAGCAACUGGCAAGAGCUGGAUUCUUCUACACUGGACAGAGGGACAAUGUCCGGUGCUUCCACUGUGAUGGGGAAUUGAGGAACUGGGAACAGGGAGAUGACCCCUGGAGAGAACACGCCAAAUGGUUCCCAAGGUGUGAAUUUCUUGUGCAUUCCAUGGGAGCAGCGUACAUUGGUAGCGUCCAAGAAGCUAUAGUCGGCGGUCCGAGGAGUUUGCCGGCAUCCCAGAGGACAUCAGAGAGGAGCCCCAACACAUCUGCAGAUUCCCCAGGGCACUGGCAGGACUACCUCCAGUCGUCCAUAGUGCAGGGUGCCCUGCAGAUGGGCUUUGAUGAAAGCUUGGUGGCCAGUGUGGUGCAGAGCCGAUUCCUGCUGGUCGGGACCCCUUACAACUGCUUGUCUGAGCUGGUCACUGAACUGUUGGAUGAUGUAGCGCAUGCAGAAGAGGAGAGAGUGCCACAGACCCCAGAACCUGCUCGAAUUCCAGAAGGUCCUGCACAAAGCUCUUCUUCCCAGGCCCCUAAGCCAGAAACUCCACUCAGCGCAGAGGAACAGCUUCGACGCCUGAAGGAGGAAAGGACGUGUAAAGUCUGUAUGGACAAAGAUGUGUCUAUGGUCUUUGUACCUUGUGGGCACCUGGUGGUCUGUGUGGACUGUGCCCCGAAUCUCAGACAUUGUCCCAUUUGUAGGGCAACCAUCAGAGGCAGCAUGCGGGCCUUCAUGUCUUGAGUUGGCAGGUGAGCAAGCU